AUGGCCAUCACCAAACUACCUCAAUACACCGUACGCCUUCUAAGGUCCACCGUCGAUCUUCCCACACCCGUAUCCCUGAUCAAAGAGCUUGUCGAGAACUCCAUUGACGCUGGCGCUUCCAACAUCGAAGUCACCGUUUCUGCCAACGUGAUAGACAGGAUCCAAGUCCGCGACAAUGGCCACGGCAUAAACUCCGAAGACUUCGACGCCCUUGGACGGCCGUCGCACACUAGCAAGCUUCGUACUUUUGAAGAGCUCCAAUGCAAAGGCGGUCAGACUCUCGGCUUCCGUGGCAACGCUCUCGCCAGCACGAACGCUGUGUCAAAACUCAUGAUCACCACGAGAACAGCUGGGGAUUCAGUUGGAAAUCUCCUUGAGCUGAAUCCAAAGGGAGGAGGUAUCAUGACACAAAAGCGUGUGUCAAGCCCACCUGGGACGAUAGUCGAUGCCUCCAACCUCUUCUCAGCGCUUGUGGUGCGCAAGCAGCAGGUCCUCAAGGAAAGUGCGAAGAUCCACGGUCACAUCAAAGAUUUACUACAAUCAUACGCCCUGACUAGGCCACACAUCCGACUUACGUUCAAAGUCCUCAAAAACAUGAAGCGCUCCUGGUCUUACGCGCCUUCUGGCGGAGCUGACGUCAGGGAGGCGGUUCUGCAGGUCUUUGGCAAAGAGCUUGUUUCUCAACUUGACAUCGAAUGCAUUCUUGGGAGCUACGACCCCAAUGUUGCAACAAACAAAGACGAGGUGCUGUUCGCCAACGAGUCAAGAUUAUUGACCUUGUUCGAGGACAUGUGUCGAGAGUUGUAUCAAGGUUCCAAUUCUCAGUCGAAAUCUGUUGGGAUUGGUCGCCAGUCCGAAGCGCCGGAUGCCAGCUACGAUGAGUCGGAGCUUGUACAAGACGGCCAUGAAGAAGAGACGAGGAAAACCUCUCGGGACCUGUCGUCAGAGGGGCCCCAAAACCCAGAUGAGGAAUAUCUCGGAGACGACUCCCAAGUUGCCGGCCAGCAGCUUAACAGCCCCCCUUCCGACGAGAUCCGUAACGUUGGUCAAUUAGCUGUACAUGCUCAUGUUCCUGACAUCCGAAAACAUGUGGAGCAGGAAUUCAGUGCUGUGGCCAACGUAGCGGAGUGCUCAGACGACACACUCUCUCUGCACAGCCAAGAUAUCCCCGAUGUGGAAGCCGAUCAGCCACAUGCACAGCAAUCCGGUUCAGCCGCUGCACCAGUUCAUCCAGAGCUAACGCAAUCACUUCUUCGAUUGGAAUGGGAAGUUGAUAUGGCGAGAAGCCAAACCGCAACUCCGGAAGUAAACACCCAGGAGGUCCUUCUGGUCCCGGUGCAGUCGAACAUGACUGGAUACCUGAGCCAGCAGCGGAGAGAACAAACUCGGAGGGAGAAUCCAAAUCCCUGGUCUCUGGCCAGAACGGCGGCGCAGAGACGAGGAGCAAACCGAGACGAAGGUACUCAUAAUUUGGUCGGUAUCGAGCCAGUUGAGAACCACUCAGCCGGCCCAAAAGCUAGCAAUCCGGCUCACCCUCCUAGCGCUGGUCUCGUACGCGAUGGUUCGAGUGGCAUGUACGGGAUGAUCCCCAAGAAUCCCGACUUAUUUCCCGAUCAGCAGUUUCGCCGCGAUAAGACAUUUCCUGUGCAAAGGGAUGAUGCCUUUGAGGCCGACGACGUCGAGCUGCAACAUAUGCUCCCCCCACAUGGCGCCGAGCAGAUUAUGAGACACCAAGCAGAGUCUGGAAUUCCACGAAAUGAAGAGCAAUCUAAAAACCCGAGAGCUAGAAACGAGUUCGAUAACCUGUCAUACGAAAUUGAGCGAGACUUGGGUAUCCAGCCAGACCGUCGCACCCAAACACCGCAUCCUUCGACCAAGUUCGGCCCAAACUCUUUUUUCGGCACGCCGCCGUCUUCUUCCAGCCCCGUUAACAAGCCAUUUCGAAUACCUGCUCUUUUCGCUCCAAGCGAAAAGGACCGUGGAAGACCUGCUCGAGCUCCCCAAGCUCGCGUUACCCAGGGUGGACCACGCGCCGGUCGUCGUAAAUCUGAUGGACUUGUCCAGCGCAAGCUUACUCUCAAUGCCACAAAGAAUCUGGGGCCCAGUGAGCUUCGAGACUUUACGACUGACUGCCUGGACGCGGAUUAUGAUGCGUUCGAAGAUGGCCAUGUUAGUGUUUUGGCCAACACUUUCGAAAGACUGGGUGGUCUUCGGCGCAGACCCGAGGAGAUACCCCACUCAGACCUGCGCCGUCCCAUCAGUCCGAGCAUGACUGAAGCAUACGAGAAUGCCGUCGCCAGACUGAAUGCUCUGCGACCCCAGGCCGAGGAUAUCAUCCAGACGGGUGGCGGUCGUGGUUACCCCAACCAGGUCAUUGACCAGACAGAAGACGACGAGCAAACCGAGCAAAGAUCACUUGCGAUUGAUAUCCGGCAGAUGGAACAGCGAACAGUGCAAGCUUCUGAUUGCGAUUUCUACGUAUCGAGCGGCAAGUCAGAAGUGGCGUUCAAUCUCGAGCCGGCAGAAAUGGACAAUAUCAGCAACAAACUUCAGGAGAUUGUGGAAAUCUGGGCACUUGAGGAGUAUGGAGUGGAAGUGGAACUUGAGAUCAAUGUCGCCGAAUUACUAAUGGGGGAUAUGGAUGUUGCAAGUUGA